AACGGACUACCCGGUGAACUUUGAUUACUUUAUUAAAAUUGACGAGUUCAUUAGACGGACCAUCGAUGCACGGAUGUGCGGUGUUAUUCGUAGUAAAUAAUAAAUCAAGUGGUGAUUGUGAGACGUCGAACACGUGCUGCGAACGCGGUAUCCUUACACCAAUUUCGUUACCGAUAUUGUUGUUGCUUUAAAAGGAUACCAAGUUAUCACCCAAGUGCCAAGUGUAAACCCACGACACCAAUUGGAUUACGCACCGUCCCAUCGAUCUACACCCACAUAUGAUCAAUGUUGUGUUAAUUGUGAUUAACUCUAUAUACAACGACCUCUAAUCGUCGUCAGACGUCGUACGGACAAAUCGCGAAUCGGCCAACAUGCUCGUCGACGAAAUGCCUCGCAGUUUCGUCAAACGAAACAACAGCUACAGCCAUUGUCCUUUGAAAAAACGGCCCGUCCACGUUAUGCUGGCCGAAGAUGCCGCCGCCUCUUCCGAGUCCAUCAAAGAAGAAAUCGUCGAGGAGGUGAUAGUGGACGAUAUCCCGGAGCCAGAGAAUCUCAGCACAAAACCUGAGGAUCUGAGUCGAACGGCAGAGAAGCUAAACCAGAUCAGGAACACCUCGAAUAUCGCGACCUCUUGGCACCAAUCGGCGGGUCCAAGAUCCCCGGGAAUCGCGAGCACGGCUUUAUCCCGACGCUCGGCUUCCCCGAGGCCGAUAACGAGGUCGCCAUCCCCUGUCGCCCAGCUUCCGACGCAGGCGGCGUCGGUCCAGAGCCACCACCACGAGCAGCAUCGCAACGGUCACAACGCCAGCACCCACCACCACCACCACCAUCAUCAUCAACAGCAACAGCAACACCAACAGCAUCAGCACCAGCACCAACAACACCAACAGCAGCAUAUCUAUCCUGUAAAGACGCUCACCCCGCCGGCCGGAAUCGCGCCGCUUCACCCCGUGGCAAAAAAGGCGCGAGUCGAGGUGAUACAGCACGACAAUUCUCCUUCGGCACCGACGCCGUCAGCCCCCGUCCACUUCAUGGCGAGCGGCGUCGCGGCGCCCCUGGAACCCCUGAACCUCAACACCCCGGUCGAGCCUCUGGCGCGAUACGCGGCGACGCCCGCCUGGGCGAGAGCAGCGCCUCUCUUCCCGCCGCACUACCUUCCCUAUCCGGCGUAUCGCUACCCGGGGACGGAUCUCUACCCGGCGUAUCCGGUGGCCGCUGGUUACUCCCAUUCGUCGCCCGAUCAUCCCUCGGCGUCGCCUCCACCCCACACGGUUCUCACCUGUCCUACGAUCCCGAGGCCGGUGGCGAGUCGGAGCUACGCGCCCUGGGCGAGUCCGGACCACUGCGGCCUCUCGCCGACGAGCUCGCUGGGCUCCGGAUCUCUCAGGUCACCGCCCCCCGUCUCGCCGGAGGACCUCUCGUCACCCGGAAGCGACAGCGGAAGAUCCUCCGCCGGAAGUACGUCGGCAGGGCCGAUCGGGGGCGGCCAGAAGCACGAGAAGGGAUCGUCGACUUCGCCUCGUCACAACUGCCUCAACUGCGGCAAGUCGUACUCGACGUAUUCGGGGCUCUCGAAGCACCAGCAGUUCCACUGCGCGGCGGCCGAGGGUCAGGCAAAGAAGUCCUUCUCCUGCAAGUUCUGCGAGAAGGUAUACGUCAGCCUCGGCGCCCUCAAGAUGCACAUACGGACCCACACUCUGCCCUGCAAGUGUCAUCUCUGCGGCAAAGCCUUCUCCAGGCCGUGGCUGCUCCAGGGUCACAUCAGGACUCACACGGGCGAGAAACCCUUCCGGUGCCAGCACUGCGGACGCGCUUUUGCCGACCGUAGCAACCUCAGGGCCCACCUGCAGACCCACAGCGACAUCAAGAAGUACUCCUGCUCCUCCUGCGGAAGGACAUUCAGCAGGAUGUCCUUACUGACCAAGCAUCAGGAGGGCGGAUGCUCCGGCGUCACCGUGAACACCGCUUAAGACCGCGCUGACAACGUGACGCCGGCAUCGUCGGGGAGAGAAGAGACGGCUGACGAUGAGUAUCGUUGACUGAGUAUCGUGCUAUCCCGAUCCGGGGGAUACGCGCAACAGUGCCUUAAUCUUAAUAAUUGCGGGGACCGAAAGACGGAGAGUGAUUU